AUGGCUGCGUGCUCGAUUUUAUACACCUGUCAGCAACGGUGGGGUGCUAAAAGUGAGAAAGGCAAUGCGGUAGUGAUUGUGAUAGGGGGCGCUGCUGAGUCUCUUCUGAGUCUGCUUGGGGUCAACACUGUGGUUAUGAAGCAGAGGAAAGGCUUUGUCCGGGUGGCUCUGGAGUUUGGUGCUGAUCUGAUGCUCGUCUACUCGUAUGGGGAGAACAAUAUCUUCCACAAGGUGAUCUUCUCAGAUGGCAAUGUGGGCUGGAGGUUACAGCAACUCUUUAAGAAGAUCAUGGGCUUUGCCCAGUGUCUGUUCAUGGGUGAACACUGGUUCUGGAUUUCUUACCACUGCCCUGUCACCACUGUUUUGGGUGGUCCUUUCCCAGUGCCAAAAUGGCCUUCCCCCACUCAGGAGGAAGUGGACCUCUAUCAUGACCUCUACAUGGAGGCCCUAGCCAAGCUCUUGGAUGGACACAAGGCCAGCUGUGGACUCUCAGACAGCCACGAGCUGCAGAGCAUGAAGGCCAAUCAUUAAGACUGCUCCCACAUGGACUAUGUGAAUUACGUACUUUGUCAUGAUGCCCUUCAGAUAGGCUACAGUCAGAUACUGUAGCCUACCAAUCUCCACAGUGAGACUACUUGAAUGAAAGGAACGCAUUCCAACUCAGGAUCUGAUCCAGUGAUGUCCCAAUCAUCGAUUCCUGGAUAUACAAAGCUGCCAGGCAAUUUGUUUUUGACUGAAUUUACUGUAAGAAUGACUACAAGGGAACAGUGCAUGUGCUUAAUAUGUAGCAAUAACUUAGCCAUGAAUCUGAAUAACUCUAAGAUGCACUCUCCAUUAUCUAACAAACAGAGAUUGAUUGUGUGACUAAGGAUUUAUUAAAUAAAAUAAAUAUUGUGCAUACAUGUUGAGUACAAUCAAUCAGACUUUGUAGCCACCUGCAGCAUCUGAGCAGUUUAUCUGUGAUCAUAACAUUCUUUCACUUAUAAUAACUCUACCUUUUUUUUGAAUAACUUCCGCAGUAGAGCUGCCGAGUACUGACUAUCUGUAAUAGAGUAAUAUAUUGAAAGUAUGACUUACUGCUGAUAUCCAUUUCAAUAAAUAUGGUUUGUGGUCAGGGUCCACUUAGACCACAGGAUAUUGCCACAUGUUCAGAAAUUAGUUUUUUGGCUACUGCUCAAAAGUAGCCCGUCUAAAGUGUUUGUAAAUAUAUCGUCUUUCUAUUAAAAAAUAUUCAUGGCCCAAGUGCUGGUUU